AUGACGAUGAGUGCGCGCCACGUGCCGUUCUUGCUGGCCGCUCUGCUGUGCGGCGUGUGCGUGUGUGUGGCGGCUGCGGCGGGUGGUAAGACUCCUAUUCCAGGUUCACCGAAGGUAGGGGUUUCGAAGGCUCGUCUACGGGCUGAUGCUGAAGCACAAGUUAAGUCUGAGAUAAAGACUGCAGAGCUAUUGCUCCAGGAAUCGAAAGCAGCGGUGGAUGCAGCGAAAGAAGCCACGGUUGCAGUGAAGGCCGCCACAAGCGCACUUGGCAAAGUCAAAGAAGCAGCCUCAAGUGCCAAGAAAGCAAAGAGUGAGGCUGAUGCAGUGGCUGCAACAGUGAGGAGUGCAGCUGCAAAGGUUGCAGAUGCACAGAGUGCCACUAAGAGCGCCAAGGCUCACGCUGAGGAAGCCAGGGUGCAAGCUGACGGGGCCGCGGGGAAGGCUGUUAGUGCGAGGAAGGUGGCGGAGAAUGCAGCACAGCAGGCUGCCGGCGCACUGGAAGCGACGGAGCAGGCGGACGCGAAGGCGAGGAAGCUGGCGGAGGAGCUGCAGGGGGCUGCUGGAAGUGCAAAUGCGCCGAAGAGCGACAGAUCGGAGUCAUGGCGCAGUGCCCUGCAGCGCGCUGAGGAGGCGAAGAAUGAGGCCGCGGGGGCGGCAGCGAUGGCGGCGG